AUGAGUGACCUUGACAAAGCCAUCGCGCAACUGCGCAAAUGCCGCCCCAUCCCCGAGCCCCAAGUCCGCGAACUCUGCUACAAAGCCCGCGAGCUACUCAUCGAAGAGGGCAACGUCGUCACCGUCGAUGCUCCGGUCACGAUUUGUGGAGAUAUCCAUGGCCAAUUUCAUGAUUUGAUGGAACUGUUUCGCGUCGGUGGUGAUGUCCCUGAUACCAACUACCUCUUUAUGGGUGACUUCGUUGAUCGCGGUUUCUACUCCCUCGAGUCCUUUCUCUUGCUACUGUGUUUGAAAGUGCGAUAUCCAGAUAGGAUCACGUUGAUCCGGGGUAAUCAUGAAUCAAGACAGAUCACGACAGUUUAUGGGUUCUAUGAUGAAUGUAUUCGAAAAUAUGGUAAUGCGAAUGUUUGGCGUUAUUGUUGCGAGGUAUUUGACUAUUUAGCUUUGGGCGCUUUGGUCCUGGGCGCCAGUUCAGAACUGGAACCAACGGGGCCAUCAACGUCGAUGGUCCACGAUUCCUUGGGCACUUCACAUUCCAUCACCGGGUCUUCGACCAGCGAGGACGGGAUACUCGAGAUUGAAGUGUUAAAUUCGAAAGGCGAAGUCACAUACGCAGCCUAUCGACGGAGGGACCGUGGAUCGCAGGAAUUGGCGAACGAUAUCCGGGACGUUUCACCACCCAGAGACAUAUCCUCAGCUCCCACCAGCACGCCGUCCAGAACGGGGCCUGCGGGGACAGGGGCGACCUCUGACAGCAUAGGGAGUCUGUCAAGCAGUUCGGGCGCUGUUCUUUGCGUUCACGGUGGGCUUUCACCGCUUGUCGACAGCGUGGAUAAGAUCCGUCUCAUCGAUCGAAAGCAAGAAGUGCCCCACGAAGGUGCCAUGUGCGAUUUACUCUGGUCUGACCCUGAUGAGAUAGAAGGGUGGGGUUUAAGUCCCAGAGGUGCAGGCUUCCUCUUCGGUGCAGACAUCGUGAAGCAUUUUAGCUAUAAGAACGAUCUCUCUUUGAUUGCUCGCGCACAUCAACUCGUCAUGGAAGGCUUCAAGGAGAUGUUCGAUGGUGGUAUUGUGACAGUUUGGUCAGCACCAAAUUACUGCUACAGGUGUGGCAAUGUUGCCGCGAUAUUAGAAUUAGGUGAGGAUGCGAGUGGUGGAGGCACCAUCUCGAGAAGUAAUGGUGACUAUGGUCGGAGUCUGGGCGGCAUCCGAGGUGGACGUGGUGAGAGGCGAAGUAUCGUCGGACCAGGGAGGAGAUACAGAGUAUUCGAUGCUGCACCUCAGGAUACCAGAGGAAUGCCAGCAAAGAAACCCGUUGCAGAUUACUUUUUGAUGCUAACAAGAAACCAAUCAACAGUGAUACCAACGCCCUGUUCCAUGCUUGCGUUUGGCUUAUUUCCUUCACCACAUGCAAUGUAUAUGUUUAUAAACCUGGGAGGCAAAAUGUCCUGA